AUGGCUCAAAAAAAUCCUAAAGAUAGUGGUAAAUCUACAGUAAAACAUAUGGAUAAUAAUGAUAUGUUCUUAAAACGAGCUCUUGAAAAAUUAUUAAGUGAAAAAGAUAUGAAAAAAUCACAAUACCAACAAGUAAAACGUGCAUGUGAAACAGCUCUUGCUUCUGUAACUAAAGAUCCUCAAACUACUGAUGUGUCAUAUAUCAAUGAAACUUAUUUUCUUCCAUUUGAAUUAGCUUGUGCAUUAAAUCAUCCUCGAAUGGUUGAUACUUCACUUGAUUGUCUUCAAAAACUUCUUUUAAAUGGUCAUUUAAUUGGUAAUAUUAUUGAUCCAACGGAUUCAACGAAAUUAUUAAUAGAUCGAAUUGUAUCUGUUAUAUGUGCAUGUUUUCAUGGUAUACAAACUCAAGAAAAAGUUGAAUUACAAAUAAUUAAAAUUUGUUUAACUAUAAUGACAUCUCAAACAAUUGAAAUUCAUCAACGUAGUGUUUUACAAAUAGUUAAAACAUGUUUUAAUAUUUAUUUAACAAGUCGUUCAAAAAUUAAUGAAGCAACAGCACAAGGUUCUCUUUCACAAAUACUUAAUGGAAUUUUUUCUAAAAUGGAACAAAAAAUGAGUUUAGUUAAUGAACGUAAACAAAAAGAAAAUAUAAAUGUAAUAAUAAAUGAUUAUGAUGAAGAACAAAUAAUUAUUAAAGAUAUUCUUGAAGAACUUGUUGAGAAAAUUGUUUAUGAUGAAGCAACACAAGAACAAACAAAUAGUUCAUUAUCAACUAAUGAUAUUAUUGAAGAUACUCAAUCAACACAAGAAGAAAUUAAUGAUAGAAUAUUAAAAAAUAAUCGAGAAGCUCGAGGAGCAGCGGGACCAGUGCUUGGACUUAUUAAUGAGGGAGAUGACCCAAGCAUCAAUGAAAAAGAUGUAUGGAAUGAGGAUACAGAAGUGAUUUAUAAUAUUAAUGGUGAUAUUGAGUUCGAAAAUGUCAGUUUUAUUUAUCCAUCUCGAAAAGAUACAUCAGUUCUGCAAAAUCUCUCUCUUAUUGCUCGUGCUGGUCAGACGACUGCUCUCAUAGGCCCAAGCGGCUGUGAUGCAACACAAGCAGAAAUCGAACAAGCAGCACGAGAAGCGAAUGCGCAUGAUUUCAUAAUGCAAUUACCAAAUAAAUACGAAACACUUGUUGGUGAACGUGGUAUACAGUUGAGUGGAGGUGAAAAACAGCGUAUUGCAUUAGCUCGUGCUCUUGUCAAACAGCCUACAUUCCUAUUACUGGAUGAACUAACAAGUGCACUCGAUAAUGUUAGCGAGAAAAUUGUUCAAGGAGCGAUUGAUCGAGCAUGCAAAGGUUGUACAACUAUUAUUAUUGCUCAUCGUUUGACUACCAUUCAAAAUGCUGAUCAAAUAUAUAUAUUGGAUAAUGGAAAUGUAAUUGAGCGGGGCACACAUGAAAUAUUGAUGGCAAAAGAAGGAGGCAAAUAUCAAGCAAUGAUCAAACGUCAACAAAUUGAAAGAAUCGAUUAUGACAAAGAUGAUUUGAUGAGCAUGCAAACAUAUACAGCUUUUGCCACAUCAGGAUCGGCAUUAACGCAACGUAUUCGUUCGAAAGCUUUCGCAUGCCUUCUUCGUCAAGAAGUCGCUUAUUUCGAUCGACCUGAAAACAGUUCUGGUGCGAUAUGUAAUCGUCUUUCUUCUGAUGCAUCAGCCAUUCAAGAGAUGACUGGUACACGAUUAGGAGUCAUCUUUGAAGCUAUUGCACUGACAUUAGUCGGAGUUGUAAUUGACUUUCGUGGUGAUAUAAAAUUUGAUCAAGUCAAAUUUAUUUAUCCUAGUCGACCAACUUCUGUAAUUCUUAAGCGAUUUGAAUUGAAUAUCAAGCCACGUCAACGUGUAGCUCUUGUUGGAGCAUCCGGAUGUGGAAAAUCAACAAUUAUUCAACUUUUGGAACGAUUUUAUGAUGUAACAAGUGACCAACUACUUCUCGAUGGCACAGACAUUCGACAACUAAAUCUUCAUUGGGUUCGUUCUACUUUUGGUCUUGUCAGUCAAGAACCGAUUUUAUUCGAUUUAACCAUUGCUGAAAAUAUUGCUUAUGGCUUAGAAAAUGUUUCCAUGGAAGACAUUAUGAAUGCAGCAAAUAGAGCUAAUAUUCAUGAAUUUAUUGAUCAAUUACCUCAGGGUUAUGAAACAAGGGUCGGAUGGAAAGGUAGUUUUCUUUCAGGUGGUGAAAAACAACGAAUCGCUAUUGCUCGUGUUCUUCUUCGGCGACCGAAAGUAUUGCUCUUAGAUGAAGCUACAAGUGCCAUGGACUCAUUCAAUGAAAAAAUUGUACAAGAAGCUCUUGAACAAGUUCAAACAGAAAAUUUUAAUACAACAUCGCUCAUCGUUGCUCAUCGUCUAUCAACGAUUCGCUCAUGUGAUUUGAUUUGUGUACUUGAUCAAGGACAUAUUGUGGAAAGUGGUACUCAUGCAGAAUUGAUGCAACGGCGUGGAGCUUAUUAUGGUAUGCUUAUUGAAAGCAAUUUACAAUGA